UUUAUCAACUCAGUUGAUAAAACAAAAUUAUCUAGGUGGGAUUACAUGUAAUCAAAUAAACUUUUCAACAUGCAUGGAUGUUUACUUUAAGUAUUGACAAGAUUUGUGUGUUGUGGCAACAAACUUGUAGAGCUUUAAUGACUAUGAUUUCUUUGGGAUACUUUUUUUUGCAACACUUUACUUUGAACAGAAAGAAGUAUACUGAAAUUUCACCUGAGAUGACAUGUUGAUUUGUAGUACACUCCUUACCCUUUAGAGCUAACAUCAGAAUGGAAAUUCUCUAUACUUUUCUCCAUGCAUUUCCAGAGGUGCUGACAAGGAGAAUUUGUUUAACAAUCAAGGGCUUCUUCUCUCGACCUUAAUGUGUGAUUCAGGGGUGAUAUUAUAAGGACAAACUGGAUGUUAGUCACUGUUAGUGGUGAAAUGGCGGCUUCCCCUUAGUUAUUUUCUCAACAAUUCUUUACUAGGUGAUACUGGUGGAAAGCAAGGCGAAAAGGAAAGCUUGAUAACACGAAAUCCCUACUCUCUCUUUGUAUUUAUAUCGACUCAAAGUGUCAAGUCCCCUCUGAUGCCGUUAAUAAUUGCUGCUCAGAGUGGCAAGCCACAGGCGGUAAGGUUUCUUAUCGGAAAAGGAACAGAUCCGUAUUCAAAAGACAACAAUGGAAGGAACUCGUUUCAUUGCGCCUCAUUUGGUGAUCAAUUUGACCUCAUUGAGCAACUAGUCUUGGAUACAGCUGAUGAUUUCUGCUAAGAGAGGCAAGAUACAGGCGCAGGACGGGCUCAGGUCCAUCUAUAAGACAAUUGACAAUUGGAAUUCGUGACGUGUGCUUGAUGGAUAGGUAACGCGGGCAUUAUCGACGCAAUACUCUUUUGUGAAGUUUCUGUCGAAUCCUAUGGAAAGUCUAAUGAAACCUCGCUGUCUUAGCACAACAUCCUUGGAUGAUCCGAGGGAGGGACCUUCAUUGUAUCUUCUUAGCAAAUGUGCAGAGUCUGACAGGGGAAAGAAGCCGAAGAGUGCUCGCCUUGUCGAGCGCAGGGGAUUCGUGGUAUCUUCGGACUUCGACCACUGUUUUGUCAUACGACUCUGCGCGGUUACGAGCAAUGUUGUACAGUCCUUCAAUCCGUGCCCUGUCCUUAGUUCCAGUGACCUCACGGCCACUGACCAAUUUUUCCAUCAGCAGAAUUCUGGGUCUGGAGAACAGUGAAAUUCAUCAACACUCACAAGCUACCGUAUUUAGGGAGCACCAGCGUCGCAAUUCCGUUCGGGCGCCAAGUCCUGAACACUACUGCAGCGACAUCAGCCCACGAUCAUCGCCUAAUUCCAACCAUUCCAGUUCCACCAGAGAUUGUGAGAGCGAACCCGAUCAACUACCGACACCUUACGAGCAAGUAGCGAAGAAAAAACGACAGCGCACGACCUUUUCGCUGUUUGAAGUACGGGAACUGGAGAGAGUGUUCAAGCGGCAGCCACAUUUGAUGCCCGAAGAUGAGGAAGAACUAGUUCAGAGACUGGGGAUCACGGCCAGGAGUCUGAGGUACUGGUUUCAAAAUCGACGUGCAAAAUCGCGAAGAGAAGGAAGAAAGUUUCCGUCCGACUGUGAAACAAACCCGCUUGACCAGUUUAGAAAACCAGUACAGACCUUGAUGCAGCCUCCUUCAAAUCCUUGGAGACAAGCUGAACGUCUCUCAUACAUCAAAGAAAACAAACACUCAACAAAAUGGAAUCCACCAAGUCGACCGAUGGUAGCACACUAUCCACACUCGUCCAUCAGGUCAGAUCGCCUUCGUUCGUACCCAUGCUCCAUCCGUUCCAGUUAGAAGAAAGAAGACACCUUGCGCCCGCGAGACCAUUAAACAGCCGUGAUUUCCAUAGAUACCAACCGUAUUAAUUUUUUUGUUCUAGCUUUGUAUUUCUGUUUAGUUUUAAAAAAACGCAAUUAUGUGACAGAUGUUGAUGUUGAGGAUGUAAUUCGAGAGAUGAUGGACCAUUUUAGUGAUAUAAUGAAAUAAACAGUAAAACUUUGUAGAAUUUAUCAGUGGCAUGUCGCAAAGAGGUUUGGGAAAAUAGGUGUGUUAUUAGUUGUGCUAUGUAAUCUUGUAAUUUGAACUGUAAUGAAAGAAGUUGCAGGUGGUGUUAUUGCCACUAUUCACAUAAGAAACUUCAAAUGCUACAACAAAAGCACCUAAUAAAAAAGUUCGAUAAAUUUGCACAAGAGGCAAUUACCAGAUGGAAAUCAGGAGAAAAAUGAUCUUUAAUUUCCAAAUUUUUGUUAGUAAAUUACAGUAAAAUGAUUCAUAAAGUUUUAGAACUGCAUCAAGGCUAUUCUAUCUUGAAAAAGAUACCUCGAAUUUUUCAGUUCCAUCACCUGCAAAGUUCGUUAAUAUAGGAGCCAUUAAAAGACGUUUUCUUAAUAUAUGAUAAAAGUUGUCACUUAGAUACUACCGUUUUUU